UCGCAGAUUACUUAAUAAAACUUAACCUCAAAUUAAUAUAUAUUUUUAAGUUGUCCUGUGAUUUAUAUUCAAAAACAACAUUAAAUAUUGUACAAUGUUUUUGACAAACGUGCUUUUAAAACGUGUAAAAAGCAAGAACAUUAUGGUACAAAUGGAAAGUGUUGUUAGUGGUCACACUUUUAACACGAUUCGUGAAAGAUUAGCCGACAAAUUAGAAAUGAUCAGAUUUGACCCUUAUAUUCAAAUGGAAAGUUUAUACAAAGAGAAAAAAAGGGUUCGGAGUAUGUAGAUAGUUUUAGGUUAUAUGUUUAGUUUUAUUAAAUAAAUUUUAUUUAGGA